AUGGUGCUCUGUGCGUCGGAAAGGGAACGGGUAGUUUCGGUAAGCGCCGCAACAAGACGCACACGCUGUGCCGGCGCUGCGGUCGCCGCUCAUACCACAUUCAGAAGAGCCGAUGCGGUGCCUGCGGCUACCCCGCCGCGCGCGUGCGCAAGUGUAAGUUCUUAUGGAUCUCUCAGAAUGCGUGUGCAUGUGAUUGUGGUCAACUCAAAGGCUUUCGCAACCCGCUGCGCGGGUGCGCAAGUGUGA